AAUAUUUUGCUCCGUAUCAUUUAUAUAUAUUUCAAAUAUUCAGCCAUUCCGUUCCAUCCCACCUUAAUUGGGCUCAAACGCCUGAUUAGCUGAGGGUUUUGACAGUUUAAAACAGCUCAAUUGUCCAUCCUCUCUAGCCGUCUUGUGAAGAUGGCAAAGAUUACUAGUGAUACGGUGGGAUGCGUGUUUGCUGAGCUGUAUUAUACGCAUUUGCAUAUUAAACCGGAAGGAAGUUGUGGAUUCUAUACCAAAUCGAGUUUGGCCACUUGGGAUUCCCAAAAAUGCAUUACAACCCUCGAAGGAAUACAUGAGAUGAUCAUGACAUCAGACUUCAAAGAUUGUUUUUUUGAAAUAGAGGAUAUCCGCACCCAAGAUUGUUUGCAGGGAACUAUUCCUGUUGUUGUUACCGGUGUCUCAAUUGGGAAAGAAAAGUUGAGAAGGAAAUUCAGUCAGACAUUCAUCCUUGCCAAAAAUGAAACAAGUUUUUUACGUUUUAAACGAUAUUCUUCAUUUCGUAAGUGAAGGAGAUGACAAAAUAUCUGAAUCACAACCAGUACCUAAUAUAGAGCCAGCAACAAAAGAAGUGGACAAUGUGAAUGAUGUGGCUGAUGUUGCUAUGGCUCCUGAAUCAACAAUGGAAGUCGUUGACCUUGAAAUGCAGCCUACGCCUGAACCGGUACUUCUUGAGGUUGUUCCACAUGUACAGGUGGAGGAGAAAGUAGUUUCUGAGGUUUCAUCGGAUGUAAAGGAGGCUGUCCCUAAAGUCAUGGAGACAGUUUCGGAGAAGGUGGUAAAGGUGGAUGAGCUAAAAGUGGAUGAUGCUGCUUCUGAAGAUAAGUCGACAAUGUCAGAGGAAGUAAAGGAUGCUGCUCCUAAAUCAUCCUAUUCAGAAAUGGUAUCAAAGAACAAAAUGGGCUCUACUCCCACACCUGUUACCCAAUAUGUCAGAGUUUCUGCCUUGGAUGGCCUCACUGAAGAAGAGAAGACCAAAAUAACAGGUUUGAGAAAUGGCUCAAUUAAGCCAAUGGCUCCCGCUUCUGUGAAAAAGCCUGAAACUCCUCCAAGCAAUAAUAGCCCACCCAUGGAUACAAACACUGGCCCAAAGGGCAUACAUGUUGGGGGAUUACCGCCGGAUACUACUAAAGCUGAUCUUGCUGGUGUGGUCAAGGUUUUUGGUAGAGUGAAGAAGUAUGACAGUGUUCAAGUCAUUCGAUCUGAUGGUGAUUACUGUUUCGGAUUUGUUCACUUCCAGUCUGCAGAUUCUGCAAAGAAGGCAGUUGAGACUAAAGUCAUCAAGGUGAAAGGCAAGGAUGCGUACAUCUCAUAUAAGAGAACCGGGAGAAGAGCCUCCUAUGGCAAUGACAAUCGCGGUAGGUCUCCAUUCGGCAUAGGUGGAUCCCACAGCACGACUCCAUCGAGCAGGGCCCCAUCAUGCAACAGCCAGUUGAGUGGGUCCCAUUAUAGCGAGACUCGCCAUGUCAACCAGCAAAAAAAUGGUGAAACACGCCAAGUUAACCAGCACAACAAUGGUGAAGCUCUCCAUGUCAAUCAGCACAACAAUGGUGAAGCUCUCCAUGUCAAUCAGCACAGCAAUGGAGAAUCUGCCCACGUCGACCAACACAGCAAUGGUGAAAUUAUAGGUGCGGAUGGAGAUGAGGAGGGAUGGAUUGUUGCGAAGAGACGCCAAAGAGGGCGCAAUGAUAAUAAUGUGAACGAGAGAAAUAAUGGUCAAAGACUGCAAAAUGGAAAAACAUAUUCUCGGCAUGCCAUUGAGUCGGACCGCAGAAUGAGAAACGGCGAAAGGGAGGAACAAAGACGGCGCAAUGGAGGGGUCCAUGAUCAGAAACGUAGCAGCAGUUGAAGUGAUGCAACAUGCUUAACAUAUGUUUUUCCCUGUCAUGCUCCAAUUUUUGCGAAUUUUUCCUGUCCUCGCUCUUCAUCCUUUGUCUAUUAGGAAUAAUUAUUUAUUCUACUAUAUUCGUGGCUCUUAUAAAAUUUUGUAUUUGAGAUAUUAGUUUUCUUAGCCCCUCUUUCAAAAACUCAUUAGUUUUAAUGAUAGCAAUUUUUUUACAGUGGAC